AUGCCUCAAUGUUUAGCCCCAUGGAAACAGGCAUCCGAGCGCGUAGGAGAACAUUUCAAUCCCAACGCUUACCGUAAUCCGCUGGGCUAUUUCCUCCCAGAUCCUCAGAUGAUCGCUGUCUGUGGUCUGGAGAGUGGCAACUACAGCACACGGACAGCCUACAUCACAGUGUGGCUCAAACUUCGUCACGUUCUUUGCUACCGUCUUCGAACAUCUUCCGUUACUCCACUUGGACCCUCCCAUUGGCGAACAGUUUUAGGAAUCGAGAAGAUGGCUUUUAAGGAGAAAAAGGCGGCGAAACAAAAAGCGGAAGUAGAGGAAAUGUUGAUGGAAAUCUUGAAGAACGCUGGAAACACGAUGUCGGUCGAUUUGGAUCGUUUAGACACCGCAAAGGUUGAAUGGAACGGAUCGCCUCUCGAGGUUUCCACAGCUCCCACAGCCAAGUUGAAGGAGAUCUUGUGGGAGUUGUUCAAGCUCGGUUUCCGGUACGAGCUUCUCAUGAUGGAUCGCCGAUUCUACGGUGGUUUAAAGCCAUGA